CAGCGACCGAGUCAGAAAUUCCUUUUUCCUGCACUUGGGUGACUGGCUUUGAAGCGGCAACAGAAGGCAGGCACCUCCCUCUCAUCAGAGGAAGUGCUGUAGCAGAACUCCUUAUCGCGAGUCAGACUUUCACCUGUCCGUCACCACUGCCGACUGACAGAAACUUAAGGAUGAAUUUAGGAGGAGGAAACCAGUGUGGCCGUUGUAAGAAGACUGUUUACUUUGCAGAGGAGGUACUCUGCGACAGUCGGAGAUUCCAUAAACGCUGCUUUUUGUGCUCGGCAUGUGGGAAGUGCUUGGACAGUACGACGGUUGCUGUUCAUCUGGAUGAAAUCUACUGCAAGUCAUGCUACAGGAAGAAUUACGGGCCAAAGGGUUACGGAUUUGGUGUUGGAGCAGGGACUUUGAGCAUGGAAAAGGGACAGGGUCAGGGUGUCACCCAUGAAGAACCUGUUCCUCACCGCCCCACCACCAACCCUAACCCUUCGAAGUUGGCUCACAAAUUUGGCGGGUCCGAGAAGUGCCCUCGUUGUGGCAAGGCUGUCUACGCUGCAGAGAAAGUGAUCGGCGCAGGCAGCUCAUGGCACAAGACUGGUUGUUUCCGUUGCGCCACGUGCGGGAAGGGCCUCGAGUCAACCACAGUUGCAGAUAAGGAUGGAGAAAUCUACUGCAAAGGUUGUUACGCAAAAGACUUUGGCCCAAAGGGUUAUGGAUAUGGCAGUGGGGCCGGAGCCCUGCCACUCACUCAGUAGACGGAACCAGCGGAAGAAUGGCAUCAGAGUGAUUUUACAGCCACUUGACACAUACGCCCAACACGCCAUAACAUUCGGUCCACCUGCACUAACCAAUCUAAUGUGAUUGUAUGCAAGAACUCUAUUAAAAUGAGACCUCUGUGCAGCUGUUUCGGUAUGGGGUCAUGUAUUUUUUCAUAAUGCUAAAAGACACUGUCAAGUUGAUACAUCUCUGAGAGAAAACCAAAAAGCCAAAUUUUGUAGGUCUUGCAUCGAAUCUUGCUUAAUGCUGCAGGUGUACCAAAUAUUGGUGAGAAUGGAUCUAGAUUUGGUGAAAGUCCACAUCAUGCUGUUUGGUUGUCAUUUAUAAUUCAGGGAUUCGAGGAAAUUGAUUGCACAGUGAUCCCUCGCUAUUUUGCGGUUCGUUUAUCGCAGCUUUAGUGCAGAUUUUUUCAAACAUAUACAUGUAGUACAGUACUGUAUACAGUAUGUUGCUCUGUGACUCACUGUUGUUUUGCCGACUUUCGCAGCUUCUCGCCGACCAUUUGCAGAUCUAAUUUUUUUUUACUGUAUUGUUAUUCAUAAACUUAUACAUGUUUAAAUCUAUUAGUAUGCAGCUUUAAGUCAUGUUAAUUGCUUCAAAAUGUUCUUCUACAUGCAUGUAUACCAUUAAAUUUGGCCUUAUAAAUAUUAUGUACAUGUACCUACCAUAUGGGGGGAGGGUCGCUACUUCGCAGAUUUUCGUUUAUCGCAGGUGGUUUUGGUCCCCAUUAACCCGAUAAACGAGGGGUUACUGUAAUACGAGCACACAUUUCCCCACGAGAUGGCAAGAAAUGCUAUCCCUGUGAAGGUAAUCUUUUUUGCAAUAUCAAAACCGAUAACACAAUAUACGGUACUUGAUGUGUGACAUUUGGACAAUUAUUGCUAUGGGUGAAUAAAGCCAAGGAUUAAAAAGUACCUCUCUUUUUUCCCCGAAUAAAAAAAAAAAGACAA